AUGCUGUGUCAUAUAAAAAAUAACAAUAAAAUGUGUCUGGUAGUUCUUGAUUACGCAGGCCUUUCUACUAAUCGCGAGGAUUUGGAGCAGAUUAUUAGUGACAAUGAGAGCUUACAAAAGAUAAUCAUCGAUACGUUGCCCUUCAAUAAUAAAGUAAUAAUAUAUGAACGCCAAAAACUACUGAAUAAACAGCAAACAAUGAAGGCAUUUGAGUGCACAAACAGGCCUCUGCAACGCUCAAAAUAA